AAGACAGAUUGUGUCCACUUGCUUUCGUCCCCUGAAACUAUGAGAAAAAGCUAGUUAAUUAUCACAACAUAUAACAACAGUUAUCAAGCUGCCUCGACAUGGAACUAUAAUGAUACUCACGUCUCCAGCAAGUCGUCGGAGCUGUGGACUUUUCUUCUGCCAAACUGGAAUAACGCACACUAUCCGUAAAUAGACAGACAGUGCCGCAGACAGAGACAGACAGAGAACACCAUACUUUACAGAAAAACAUGUCCAGCAGUGCCAUCACUCAACCCUGCAAGCAGGAGAGGAAAGGCAGUUUCUUCAAGCUGAUUGACUCGUUCGCCUGGGAAAUUGGCACUUUGAAGAAGGAGAUGGGAAAAAAGACAGAGCCAGCAGAAGGAGACCACAAGACUGAUACACUCCUUGGGCUAGGUGAAGAGGUGGGGGGUCUCUUCCUGCAGGCUUCACCGUGCGCUGGGAUCGGGGCAGGCCCGGCCGGAGCCAGAGAUUCGGGCUACGACUCCCUCCACCGGCGGCUGAGCGUUUUGGACCGACUGGUGAACACGCACGCUGUGUGGCUCCAGCUGGGACUCAACCAUCAGGACGCCACCCGUAUACUGAAGAGCCAACCCACAGGGACAUUUGUGGUGAGGAAGUCAACCAGCCUCCAGAGAAAGGUCAUCUCUCUACGCAUGGACAAAGACUCCACCGUCCCUGUCAAAGACUUCCCUGUCAGGGAGAGCCAGUACACUUUCUCUCUGGAGGGAUCAGGCCUAAGCUUCGCAGAUCUGUUUCGUCUGGUGGCUUUCUGCUGCAUCAGCAGGGAUGUGUUGCCCUUCACUCUGAAGCUCCCAGAACCCAUUGCUUCAGCCAGAACCUCUGCUGAUCUCGAGGAGGUUGCUAAACUUGGAGCAGGCUUCUGGGACAGAAAGUUGUGCCGCAGUAGGAAGAGUUCAGCCUCGGUGUCCGCAACAGCUGUUCCCGAUAGGCCACCCCCCCCUGCCCAGAGACCUGCCUCUGUGGCAACCACCCCAGGGCGCCCUCGGCUUCAAACUCGCACCCCAUCUGAGCUUGAGUGUUGCCAGUCCAACGGAGCACUUUGUUUCAUCAACCCCCUCUUCAUAAAGGUUCACCAACCAGACAGUGACCAGAGCACCAACUCCAAUCCUUCUAGCACAGCAAAGAAGGGCCUGAGGGAGGAAACCGAUAGCAACAACAGCAGCCCAGAAACCAGCAACAAGUACAUUCAACUGUCUUGUGACGACAGCCCUGAGGUCUGUCUCUCAGAGGUCGAUGACAGCAAGAAGUCAAGCCUAAGCAACCUGCAGGGAAACACAGAGCUACAAGACAAUAAGAGUCAAAACAGAAGCAGCCAGAAGCAAAGUGAUACAGAUACUGUGUCACGGUCCCCACCCCCUCGCCCUCCCCCACCUCGUUUGGUGCCACAACGCUCUGGCCCUCCUGUCCGACAGCGCAGCAUGCCUGAGAAGAUCUCCUGGAUCAACAUCUCCAAGGAGAAGGUGGAGGAGAGGGAGAGGGGCAGCAGCCUCCUUUCUCGUCUGGGCUCCUCACUAAGCAUCAGCCCUUCAUCCUCCCCGCCUAAAAGACUGAGCAUCAGCUCCCCCAUAUCUAUCCCCCGGCCCUCCAUACCACUCUCUCUAUCAUCUCUGUCCUCCUCUCCACGUCGGCCCAAAGCCUCACCAUCAUCCAGCCAGGAGGAUGCUCAGUGCCACCUAGCACUAGAGGACAAGACUAUUGAGGAGGCCCUCAGUAAGGCCAAACGGUUUCAGCGGAAUGCUACCACAACCACCUCUGAACACUCCUACAGUCCUCCAGACCCUUCUCUGUUGACAACCAACAAACCAGCAAAGGUGCGAGAAGGAGAAGAAGAAGCAGGAGUGGAAUGCAGUGGGGGUGGACAGCGACUGAGCGACAUGAGCCUUUCCACAGAUUCCUCUGACUCUCUGGAAUUCUCUCAGUCCUCUGCCUUCUUCCUUCCUCCUCUCCAUGACCCCAACCCCCCCACUGUGGAUGACUUCAACAUCCACUUACCCCUCUCCCUCCCCCCACGCCACCUGCCUUACUCCAGCAUGGAGGAAGACGACGACGAUGAGGACGAUGAGGACGAAGAAGAGACCGACUAUGGUGUCAGCCUGGAGAGUGACCAGGACCAAGACCAGGACCUGACCAUGGUGCCGCCGGGGCACCGCACAAAGCGUCGCCCCAGUGCCAGUGCUUUGAUCCUCCAGAAAGCUCUGCGUGGGCACCUGCGCAAGAUGAGCGGCGUUUUCAACUCGCUGUUGACACCUGAGAAGAGGGCGAUCCGCAAGGUGCUGGAGCUGUCCAGGGACAAAAGCUCGUACUUCGGCUGCCUGGUGCAGGACUAUCUGAGUUACAUGAGUGAGGCUGCAGGCAACCAGGCUGGGCAGGGCUACGCCUCUGGGCUGGAGCUGCUGCAGACUCUCCGCCAGUUUAUCACCCAGAUGAAGAGCUACCUGCGACAGAGCUCCGAGCUGGAGCCACCAAUUGAAAGCCUAAUCCCUGAAGACCAGAUUGACGGAGUCCUGGAGAAGGCCAUGCACAAGUGCGUCCUGAAGCCCCUCAAGCCGGUGGUGAGCGUGGCCCUGCAGGAGUUCCAGGUGCGCAGCGGGGCGUGGCAGGAGCUGAAGGAGAACCUUUCGCUGGCGAAGGCUCGGCAGCCACAGGACAUGGGUGUGGCCGACGCGCUGCCCCCCGACCCCGUGGCCAUAGAGAAGAUUAGGCACAAGUUCCACACCAUGUGUAAGCUCUACUCGCCGGAAAAGAAGGUCACCAUGCUGCUGAGGGUCUGCAAACUCAUCUACACUAUCAUGGAAGACAAUUCAGGUCGUCUGUACGGUGCUGAUGACUUCCUGCCCAUGUUGACCUACGUGUUGGCCCAGUGUGACAUGCCUCAGCUGGACAAUGAGAUACUUUACAUGAUGGAGCUGCUGGACCCUUCACUGCUUCACGGAGAAGGUGGUUACUACCUGACCAGCGCUUACGGAGCAAUGUCCCUAAUCAGAAACUUCCAGGAGGAGCAGGCAGCCAGGGUGCUGAGCUCUGAGACCAGAGAUACGCUCCACCAGUGGCACCGCCGACGCACCACCCAGCGAUCUGCACCGUCCAUUGAUGACUUCCAGAACUACCUGCGGGUGGCACUGCAGGAGCUGGACAGUGGCUGUACUGCAAAGACUUUACAGGUCCGACCUUACGCCACCGUGGAGGAGGUGUGCCAGCUGUGCGCUCUUAAGUUCAAAGUGUCGGACCCUGAGAACUACGGCCUGUUCCUUCUAAUAGAAGGCAGCAGCCAGCAGCUGGCUCUGGACACCCACCCUCAGAAGAUCAAGGCCGAGCUCCACAGCCGCCAGCAGGAAGCUCCCUUCCAUUUUGUCUUCAGACGCAUAGCAAACAGCGACUUCUCGUCAUCAGCUCCCAACGAUUCUGCACCCAACCUCAAUAACCUCACUGUGACCUCUGACCCCCAGUCCAACCAAGACGACUUCAGCACGGACAUGUCAACCUCCCCCUCCCAGCCCGGCCUCAGGCCGAGUCUGAGCCUCAGCCUGCCUAGCAGCAACCUUAAUGGAAACUCCAUAUCUAUAUGACUUGAGAGUUAAGAAGUCUGAACGGGGUUUUGUGACAGUAUCGGCCAUUAUCUCUGACAAACAUGGCUCCAUGUGGCCUACAGUAAACAGGCUGGCACGUUGACUGUGUCGGGUUCAACGCUGUGCCGUGCCAGUCUUCACAAAGCCGGACUUCUCCUUUUGAAUGAUAGUCUGUCUCAGUCAGCAUCCCCUCUGUGGAAAGUUUUGUCUGACAGACACGGGUGAAAGAGGAAAGGAAGAAAGGAAGAAAGGAGGGAAGGAAAUGACAAAGAUGGAGUUUGUUUAUAAUUCCUUCGCUAUAUAUGUGACCUGAUGCAGAUCUGGCAUCAGCAACACUUUGCUACCUUUAGGUUACAUAGAGGGAAACAAGAUCUCAGAUAUGUGUGAGAUUAAUCUUCCAUCAAUCACUUUAAAUAUAACAUAUAGUUUAUUUAGGUGAUACUGUAGGUGAAUUAUGAUUUACUUGUUACAGUUGCUGGUAAACUGUUAUUUUGUUGUUUGUGUUGAACUUGUUAAUCCUUCAGAUUGUUUGUUCACAUGAAUAUAGCGACACCCAGAGGUGGCUGGUAUGCAUAACACGUAUGUUUCUGUAAUAUUUUUCCAGAGCUCCAUUUGAAACAUAAAAAGGGAUAUAGGAAGAACUCAGCUAAAAAGAUACAACUUCAAACAGCAACAGAAACCAUGAAAAUACACCCCAGAAACAAAAAAAAACUAUAACAUACAGAGCUAUGGUAAAAAAUACAAACAAAUGAUUUCCAAAUGUGUUUACGUGGCUGCCUCAUUCUCAAAACUAACAGUGUUUUCUUUUCUGUAUUGGCUCCAGUAGGAAGGUUGUUUUUUUUAAUUGUUUUUUUCCCGGAUCACAUCUAUGCGGUGGCUACUGGUUUGUGGCUCAUUAGUCACUGACUUUUCCCUUUUGCUUUCAAAGUGGAGCAUCACCUAAGUAAAAAGUUCGACAUUUGUUGACAGCAUUCACAAUGAAAGUUAAAAUAUGAACAAAUGCUUACAUACAGAGUCAAUUUUGAUAAUUGAUCAACCAGUAACACUUUUUAACAAAUGUUUCAAGCAAACAUUUGACGUCAGAGAAAGAAAAGCUGCAAUUGAGAACCAAGAAACAUCAAAGUAAAUCCAAUAUCUUUAGUUUUUGGACUGUUGGUCUGAUCUAAAUCAAUGAUUAAAAUAAUCUGUAGUUGCAGCCCUACAGUGAAUGACUAUUGCAGGUAAAUGUUGGUGAGAAACAGUGUCAAAUAUUAAUUUUUUUAUUUUUAUUUUUUAUGAAAUAAUCUCAAGGAUUAACAUUUUUAGAGUUAUUCACAUAUUGUAGCAGCAUGUAAAUUGUGUUUAAUUGUAAUGUUAGAAACAGGCAGAUCUGCCAGUGUUGAAAACAGUAACAUUCAUUUAUAUACUGUAUUUACUGAUUAUCCUGGAGAUAUGAAAGAUGUUGUAGAUAUUGUGUAAGGGCAUAUUUCCCAUCCAGUUACAAAAUGUGACACAGGAACAGCUAGAUCCUGUGGCUGGCUGCCAUAUUACAGCUCCAAUAAGGUCUCUGUACUACUGACUAAUAUGAAAGGUUUUUAUCCUGGUGAGAAAAAAUAAAAAGUUGUGGCCAGUUAUAUAAAGGAUGUGUGGACCUGUUAGCUGGUCUGAGGUCACACACACAGUGAAACAUGCUGUAUGGCUCUUGUAAUUAUGUGGAAAGACAAAAGUAUGUAAGGGGACAUUGAACAGAAGAGGGAAUAUUACAAUACAGACAUCUACAUCAGUAUUGAGCUCAUUACUGUCAGUCAAUAAAAUACUUGAAAUUUGACAUUUUCUAAUGAAUUUUAAAUGUUCCAGUUGUUGGGAAAUUUAAUUCAAAUGCUGUUUAUUUACUGAAUGAGUUGAACUGUUCAUUCCUGUUUUACAUUGACGUGUAAUGUAAAUGUUUGAGGUGUGGUUGGCAGAAAGAUGAGAGAAAAGUGAAAGGCUGAAGGAAAUUUGAGAGCUUCUGGAUGGCAGUCAUGUAUCAUCCUGUAUAUAACCUGUACCUAGCUCACCAUGUAUAACCUCUGGGGGCCAACUGUUCAAAGAAUUUACUCAUACUGCCAUGUUAUUGGCAAUCUAACUGUCUUUGAUAAAGCAAAGUAUUUAUAUGUAUCUGUGCAGGGAUUUUUUCACAGAUGGCUUUUCCAUGUCUGUAAUAUUCGUUAUGGUGUCAACACAUCAUGUGCAUCCUUCGUGUCAUUGAAUGAUAUAUGAUAUAAAUAUUCUUUUGCACUUAAUAAAUGUUG